GCUAGGUGACCUUUCCCUGUCUAGUGGAUUCUGUUGUGGCCUGUGGCCUUGGUCUUGCUGAGAUGCUUCAAAGGCUUAUUAAGAAUGUCUGGGUCCCCAUGAAACCCUACUACACCCAGGUUUACCAGGAAAUUUGGAUGGGAAUGGGGUUAAUGAGCUAUAUGGUUUAUAAAAUCAGGAAGGCUGAUAAAAGAAGUAAAGCUUUGAAAGGCUCCAGUCCUGCACCUGCCCAUGGCCAUCAUUAACUGCUCCCUGAGUCCACUCACGAUGAAUCCUGUCAGCUAAACUUAAGCAACCUGUGUUAGGUGGGAACACGGAACAUCGCUGUGCACUUACCUAAGUACCAUUUACAAUGUGGCAUUAAUAAAUGUAUGUGAGUAGCACGAAA